AUGUGGCAGCUCAACCAGAUCGAUAUGUCCAUACAGCCGAAUCGAUCGGAGCUGCUCAAGUUUUGGCUCGACCGUGGCCGAUGGACCAACAACAUAAUUUCCCUGUCCGCACACGCCCAUUGUGCCACCAGAAUUCCACAGCGUCCAAGCUCCGAAGGUUCCGAGCCCUUGGGCAGCGCACAAAUUAAGGUGAACGCCCACAGCACGCGCCGCAGAAAAAGUAGGGAUAGGGAGCCAAGACCCAGAACGGAGAUCCGAGGACCUGGGACCUCAGCAGCCAGGCUGGCUGCCUCGCUCCGUCAAGUUAAGUACAAGUUGAGCUCUAGCAGCUCAUCGAAAAAGGAUCAGAAUGAAGCUGACUCGGAUCAUAGCAAUAUUAGCCGAAAUGAAGUUCCCAAGAAAUCAAAAAGUUUCCUCUCCUACGAGGGCUUUUCUGGAAAGUCCCAACGACGCUCUGACCAAUCCGAAGAACAGUUUAUCAAAAGCCCCGAUUCUUCUGGCUACUGUUAUUCUCCGAAUGCAAAGGGAAACUUAUCUUUCAGGACCAGUGAAAAUAGUAAGCAUUCUAAGAAAGGAAGCCCCUUAGAGGUUGAACUCGAAGAUGAACCCAAGGUUACAGAAUACAUUUCAAGUGAUCAUGACGAAAUACAGUCUCCGACUCAGCCAAGUCAAGAAUCCACCGAUCGCUCCAAGAGUUUUAGUCAGAUUUACAGUGAAAUCUUCGAGGAGUCUAAAGAACGACAGCAAAAGGCCGAGCGAGCUUGUCGGGCGUACAACAUUAACAAAUCUAAGCUCCACAGGAGUCUCGAAGUAUCCGGGUCUAGGGGACCGGGAAGUGGAAGCUGUGAAGGUGAGAGUAGCUGGGGAUCGGAGUAUUCCAGUAACUUGGAGAGGAGAUCCCAUGAAUACGACAAUCUAUCUACAGGCUAUUCAAUGAAAAAAUCCCUAAACAGCGGGAGGAGCUCUAUUAAAGAAAUGGAGGAACCAAAAGAUCUAGGACUAAAACGUUCCAAAUUACAUUCCCAUAAAAGAGAACUUAGAGGAAGAUGCUGUUUUGUAGGAAACCCGGAGCCCAGAAAAUCUUCUUUCUAUCGGUCGGAAAAUGUGGGUUCCGAAGAUUCUUUAAAGCAUGGACAGGGAAUAUGCGUAUGCGCACGGGGGUCUUCGGUUUGUAGCCUCUGCUCUUCCAGAGCAAGAAAAUACCAUUCCAAGGGCUACAACCCGGAGGUGACUGAUGGAUCCGAUUACCCUGUAGACUGCAGAAGUGACAUUCCAACAACUGCGGUAUCACAAUCUCGCUCACAAAGAGAUUAUCUCUCGAGCUGCAGCACACGCCAUCGUCAUCAUCAUCAUUAUCGUCACCAGAAGAGUGUGCCCAAGACGUAUCAAGAUCGUGGAAAUAGUCCCAUUAAUAUCAAGACAAGGCGAAAAACGCACGACACCGGAAUUGGCACCGAAAAAGUGAGGGAGACUUUUCUUGGUAGAUCAAGUGCCUCGAUCGGACUGCAAUACCCCAGCGACAAUGAGACCGAGGACUGGGAUGGCGAAAGACCUAGUAGUUUUCUGGAAACGGAGCUUGGUGACCCAAAUAAGUGCGAAAGUCAUGAAGAAAGUUGGCUGAGCGAUAAUGAAGAGCAAGAAUUAAAAUCCAAUAUACUUUUAAGUGUGGAUAAUGAAAGUAUAAGGACGCAAGGGGUUUCAAAUGUUGAGGACACCGACGGAAACGAACACUAUCGUAGUGUUCCCACCGAAGAGGCAGUGCAAAACUUAUCCGAUAUUAGUGAAUAUAUGUCCAAUGAGGAACGAAAUACCGUUGGUCUCAAAGAGUACUUCGAAGGCAUGGAAUAUGAUGAUGGGGACAGCCAAGACUCCAACGAAUACGAUGAAAACGAAAACCUCUCUGAUGAUUGCGAUCAUACGGUUACCAGUGAAGAAGGCAUUUCUGAAGAAAAUAAUUCACUUGACCAAGCCGAGAACAAAGGUUUUAUAGAAGGCGAUACAAUAUUGAGCAAUAAAGAUGGCACAAAUACACCUUCAAGUGAAGUAGCUAAAUCGAAAAGAUUCCUCAGUCUUAGGAUAUACGAUGCUGAUGAGGCCUUGAUGGAGAUUCCGAAGGACUUUGACGGUCCUGCGAUAGUGCUGGAUGAUGAUGCCGACUUCUUGGACAUCACGCUAACCGAUGAUGAGGAGCAGAUCCGGGCCAAGUUGAUGGCAGCAGCGCUGACCACCAGAAAGAGUUCGUCCAGCACCAGUCUGAAGUCCCGUCGGUCCAUUAAGCCCUGCGUGCUUAGCUACAAGCCCAGUGUUAUCUUCACUCGCCGAUCGGAGGCGAUCGAUGAGCAUUAUGCUCCCCAGCAGAACGAUCGCGUGGCCCUUUUGGCCGAGAGAUUUUUGAACAGCUUUAGCGAGUCUUCCUCUAAUGAGCCAGUGUGGCAGCCCUUGGCGAAGGAGGUGACCUCUAUAGACCCCGUUUCGAAAACUUUCGGGGAUAGAGAGGUCACCAAAAAAAACAGCGAGACACCACCUUUGACGGAUCGUCAGUUGUUGUCAGAGGAGUUCAACAGAAAGCUGCAACGCCAACUUAAAGUAAUUGUGGAGAGUUUUCGAUAA